UUUCCUAAACGCCUUUAAUUUCGCCCUCAAUAAUAGACAUAUUCCAAAUGGACUUCUUCUACGUCUCCCUCCUCUCCUCCUUCACCAUCUCCAUUAUCCUCUUUCUUCAUUUCCUGUUCUACAAAAAUAAAAACUCCGGUGGCGGCGGCGGCGCCGCCGCCGCCGGAAUCCCGCUCCCGCCCGGCCGGACGGGGUGGCCGGUCGUCGGCGAGAGCCUCGAAUUUCUCUCGACCGGGUGGAAAGGCCACCCGGAGAAGUUCAUUUUCGAUCGGAUCGCCAAAUACUCGUCGCACGUUUUUCGGACCCACUUGCUCGGCGAGCCGGCAGCCGUUUUUUGCGGCGCGGCGGGAAAUAAGUUCUUGUUCUCGAACGAGAACAAGCUCGUGCAAGCGUGGUGGCCAGCGUCGGUCGACAAGGUGUUCCCGGCGUCGUCGGGGCAGUCGUCGUCGAAGCAAGAGGCGAUCAAGAUGCGGAAAAUGCUCCCGGGUUUCCUCAAGCCGGAGGCCCUCCAACGGUACGUCGGGAUCAUGGACGACGUCGCGCGGCGGCACUUUUCCGGCGAGUGGGACGGCAGGGAGACGGCGGUCGUUUUCCCGUUGGCGAAGAAUUACACGUUCUGGCUGGCGUGCAGGAUUUUCGUUAGCGUCGAGGACCCGCGGCACGUGGCGCGGCUGGCGGAACCAUUCAAUUUGCUCGCGGCGGGGCUGAUCUCGAUUCCGGUGGACUUGCCGGGUACGCCGUUCAAUCGGGCGAUAAAGGCGGCGAAUUUUGUGAGGAAGGAGCUGGUGUCGAUUAUAAAACAGCGGAAAAUUGAUUUGGCGAAGGCGACGACGGCGGGGGCGACGACGGCGAAACAGGAUAUAUUGUCGCAUAUGCUGCUCACGUGCGACGAGAGUGGGAGAUUCAUGCAUGAAUUGGAUAUUGCUGAUAAAAUUUUGGGGCUGCUGAUUGGGGGGCAUGACACUGCCAGCUCAGCAUGCGCUUUUGUGGUUAAGUAUCUCGCUGAGCUUCCGCACAUCUACGAGGGAGUCUAUCAGGAGCAAAUGGAAAUUGCGAGAUCGAAGAGGGCCGGAGAGACGCUGAACUGGGAGGACAUUCAAAAAAUGAAGUACUCGUGGAACGUAGCAUGUGAAGUGCUGAGACUCGCCCCUCCUCUUCAGGGCGCUUUCCGAGAAGCUCUUUCCGAUUUCACCUACAACGGUUUCUCCAUCCCUAAGGGUUGGAAGAUAUAUUGGAGCGCAAAUUCGACACACAGAAAUGCGGAUUGUUUUCCGGAUCCAUUGAAGUUCGAUCCGAGGAGAUUUGAAGGGUCAGGGCCGGGAGCGUACACGUUCGUGCCAUUCGGGGGAGGGCCAAGAAUGUGCCCCGGAAAAGAGUACGCUCGGAUGGAGAUCUUGGUUUUCAUGCACCAUAUCGUGACAAGAUUCCGAUGGGAAAAGUUAAUUCCGGAUGAGAAGAUUGUGGUGAACCCGAUGCCCAUACCGGCCAAGGGUUUGCCUAUUCGACUGAUUCCUCACACCCAUACAUUGCUCACUACUUCUUUUUCUUCUUCAUCUUAAUACAUAUAUACAUAUUAUCGAUAUGCUUUUUUUUUUUUUUUUUUUUUGUGUGUAUUGCAUUUAAUUUUCAACUUUGUGAGAUAUUUUUUGUUUUUGUUUUUGUUUUCUUUAAUUUUAUGUGUAUGUACACUUAGCUAUGACGUGAUUCACUUCUUUUGGUUACAAGAUCUAGACAUGUAUAAUUAAUAGAUAAGCAAUGUAGUAUGUAUAAAAUGAAAUAUAUUUCAAAACCCUAGUUUGAUCUAAUUAGACCUUUAUAGUAUUGUAUGGUUGUUGACAAUGUUGAUUAUUCUUUUAGGGUUCAUGUUAGAUUUACAUUAU